AUGGUGCUGCAUGAUGAUGCCAUAUCCAAGGCUCUGUAUCAAAAGGAGCGUGUACUCUGCUGGAUUAUGACGACCCCUAAGAAUCUCGAUGUUAAAGCACGUGUAGUUCGCGACACAUGGAGCAGGCGCUGCAACAAAGUGCUCUUCAUGAGCUCUGUGACGGAUCCAAAGUUCCCUACAAUCGGAUUAAACGUGUCGGAAGGUCGGCGGCAUUUGACAGCCAAAACGAUGCAGGCUUUCCGAUACAUCUACGAAAACCACUUUGAUGAUGCUGAUUGGUUCAUGAAGGCUGACGAUGACACAUAUGUUAUUUUAGAGAACCUCCGGUACUUUCUGACGUCCCAAAACAAAUCCGAACCUGUAUUUUUUGGCCAUCAUUUUAAGGUGUACGUAAAACAAGGGUUCUACAGCGGCGGAGGGGGUUAUGUGCUGAGUAAGCAAGCGUUGAGGAGAUAUGGGGAGAAAGGUCGUGACCCCAGUGUAUGUCGACAAGAUUUCGGCCCAGAGGACUUAGAAAUGGGCAAAUGUAUGCAAAAUCUAGGGGUGAGGACAGUCAAUACUCUAGACGCCCUGGGGAGGAGCAGGUUCCACUGUUUUUACCCCGAGAUACACCUGUUUGGUAGAUACCCAAAGUGGUAUUACAAAUUCGAUGCAAAUGGUGCUAAGAAGGGCACAGAGAACAUCUCCAACUACGCCAUAUCCUUCCACUACGUGUCCCCACAGAAGAUGCAAGCUCUGGAGUUUUACAUCUAUCACUUACGACCGUAUGGCAUUGUGUCCGGAACCAAGGAACUCAACAGACAAGCGGAUGUGAAACCCGGAUCUCAGGAGCUCAACAGACAAGUGAUUGUGAAACCCGAAACUCAGGAGGUCAAUAGACAAGCGGAUGUGAAACCCGGAACUCAGGAGGUCAACAGACAAGCGGAUGUGAAACCCGGAACUCAGGAGGUCAACAGACAAGCGGAUGUGAAACCCGGAUCUCAGGAGGUCAACAGACAAGCGGUUGUGAAACCCGGAACUCAGGACGUCAACAGACAAGCGGAUGUGAAACCCGGAACUCAGGAGGUCAACAGACAAGCGGAUGUGAAACCCGGAACUCAGGAGGUCAACAGACAAGCGGAUGUGAAACCCGGAACUCAGGAGGUCAACAGACAAGCGGAUGUGAAACCCGGAACUCAGGAGCUCAACAGGCAAGCGGAUGUUAAACCCGGAACUCAGGAGGUUAACAGACAAGCGAAUGUGAAACCCGGAACUCAGGAGGUCAACAGACAAGCGGGUGUGAAACCCGGAACUCAGGAGGUCAAUAGACAAGCGGAUGUGACACUCGGAACUCAGGAGGUCAACAGACAAGCGGAUGUGAAACCCGGAACUCAGGAGGUCAACAGACAAGCGGAUGUGAAACCCGGAACUCAGGAGGUCAACAGACAAGCGGAUGUGAAACCCGGAACUCAGAAGGUCAACAGACAUGCGUAGUGGCACGUGGAACUCAGGAGGUCAACAGACAUGCAUGGUGGCACCCGGAACACAGGAGGUUAACAGACAUGCGGAGUAACAAAGAGGACGUCAUGUGAUUGAUUUUCGAUUAUGUAUUUUGCAUAUAUUAGGUGUUCACAAAAAUUAUUACGUGGCAUUGAAACAAUUGAUCAUAUAUGCAGCUGGUAUGAUGAUGUAAUAAAGCCACAUGAUAAAUCUGUAUUAUAAAGAUAACCCAAACUGGGAGAUUAUCAGGUGGAACAACUGUUUUGUUAAGAAAGGAUUUUGUUAAAUACAUGAAAUGGACUAAAAAUACUAAGAGGUGCAUAAUUUUUUUAUUGGACAAGACACUAUUUGGUCUUACAUCAGAUGUUUUAUAUUCCACAGUGUAUAUUCACCCUGAGAAUUCAGCAUUGUAUAACCAUACUGGAUUAGAAAGUAAAAAUGGUAUUUCCCUUUUUCAAGAAGAUAUUCUUGAUAUACUGUUGGAUAUAGAAGGGGACGUCAUACCCUUUUUCGGUGGAGAUUUUAAUGCCUGCACAGGCAAUGACCCGGACUAUGUUGAAGAUGACAUUAUUGAACACAUUCAGGGCUAUGAACACAACCUUAUGGACUAUUUGCUUGAUCAUUUUCGUAUCAGGCGAUAUUCACGUGACACUACUGUUAAUAAGUUCGGCAAAUGUUUGCUGUAUUUGU